UUAACAUGGAGUGUGAGGAGAUUAAAAGAAAAAAGGUUUAGACUUUUCUUCGUUUGUUUCUUUAUCAAGCUGGUUGUUUCAAUUUGGCUUUAGCUGAUGCCAAUUUGGUGUGGUCCAAUCUCUCUUUUAAUUUUUGUUUUUCUGAUUUCUUCCUUCGUUCCUAGUUCAUACUACUCUCCUUGACUUUCUCCUUUUUAACAUCAAUUCUCUCGUGUUCGAGGUUCCUUUGUCUCUUUUGUCUUUUCACUGUUGUGUGUCGUGAAUCCCAAGCUCUAUACCUCCGAAAUUGGCUUGGCCCAAGUCUUUUCUGGUCUUUUUCUCUACUGGGUUAUUACUCUUCCCCACAGUGGCAUGAUCUUUUCGAUAACUUAGCUUAAAGGUCUUUGGAAAAGAGUUAUGGGGAGUUUUUGCUCCAAGAGCCUUGGAAUCAAUUUUGGCAGCGAGUAUUCUGGUUCUAGUGUGGCUGAUGAUGGUCGAGAACCUGAUUUUGGCCACUCACAACCAAAUGGGCAAACCAGUUUGAUUGUUCCUGGUAUGAGGCAGCUUAUGGUUAAAGACGUCAAGGAACAAAAUCAAUUAAAAGAUGUUUUCUCUUUCCGCGAAAGGGAAGCUGAAGAUAAUUUCUAUGAUGGAAUUCCGACGUAUACUAUGGCUCCAUCACAGAAAAUUCGGUCUGCAAAAUCAACUCAAACCGCUGUUUCAAAGGUUACAGAGGCAAGUAAGCUUUUAGGCAAAGCGGGGUUAGGUAGAGCAAAAGAUGUUUUGGAUACCCUUGGAAGUAGCAUGACAGAUCUUAGUAGCGGUGGAUUUACUUCUGGAGUUGCAACUAAAGGCAAUGAACUUGGGAUCUUAGCUUUUGAAGUAGCAAACACAAUUGUCAAAAGCUCAAAUCUCAUUGAAUCCCUUUCUAAGAGGAACAUCGAGCAUUUAAAAGGAACUAUCCUUUAUUCUGAGGGUGUUCAAAACCUAGUCUCGAAUGAUUUCGAUGAACUACUCAGACUUGUUGCAGCUGAUAAGAGGCAGGAGCUGCAAGUUUUCUCGGGGGAAGUGGUUCGGUUUGGAAACCGAUCCAAAGAUUUUCAGUGGCAUAAUUUACAGCGCUAUUUCGAUAGGAUCAGCAAAGAAUUAACCCCUCAAAGGCAGUUAAAGGAAGACGCGGUGUUGGUUGUUGACCAACUGAUGGUUCUAGUGCAGUAUACUGCUGAACUAUACCAAGAACUCCAAGUAUUGUAUCGAUUGGAGAAAGACUAUGAGCAAAAGCGUCGAGAAGAAGAGAACUCAGCUAAUAGCAGUAAGGGUGAUGGCCUUGCAAUCUUAAAAACGGAACUUAAAGCCCAGAGAAAGGUAGUGAAAAGCUUAAAGAAAAAGUCGUUGUGGUCCAGAGGUUUUGAAGAGGUGAUGGAGAAACUAGUAGACAUUGUACAUUUCUUGUUGCUAGAGAUUCAUAAUAUCUUCGGUGGUGCCGAUGAUCAACCAUCGAAGAAAGGAGCUGCAGAAUAUGAUAAAAGAUUGGGACCUGCUGGUCUUGCUUUACAUUAUGCAAAUAUAAUUGUGCAGAUUGACACACUUGUCGCUCGUGCAAGCUCUAUAACUUCAAAUGCAAGGGAUUCUCUUUACCAAAGCUUACCACCUGGUAUAAAAUUGGCUCUUCGUUCCAAGAUUAAAUCUUUCAAUGUCGAUAAGGAGCUUUCGGUUACACAAAUUAAGGAUGAGAUGGAGAGGACACUGCAUUGGCUUGUCCCUGUUGCAGGCAAUACAACAAAAGCGCAUCAUGGUUUUGGCUGGGUUGGAGAGUGGGCAAAUACAGGGUGAGUGAUGAAUGAAAUUAGACCUGCAACUUCUACAUUUUGUCUUUUUAUUUCUCCAAUGCUUUCGUUUUUAAUCUUACAGGACUGAUUUCACUAGUAAGCCUAGUGGUGGAGAUAUACUACGUAUUGAAACACUCUAUCACGCUAGUAAAGAAAAGACAGAGAUCUACAUUCUUGGACAGAUAAUUUGGUUACAACAUUUGGUUACAAAAGCUAAGAGCGACGCUCGAGGAGGUCCUAGACUUUCUUCUAUCAAGUCUCCAUUGGAUACUACGAACCAGCAAUUGAUAUCUGAACCACUCAGUGUCCCAAUAGUAACAGAUGAGGAGCAAAAGAUGUUACAAGAGGCAAGCAAGAGAAAGAGAACUCCAUGUGUUAGCAAGAGUCAGGAUUUUGAUUCUGAGUACUCGCGGGCAAGAAAGUGUGACCCUUUGAGCAAAAGCAGUGAGUAUUUUCGUGGAGUGAGAAGAAGCAAAUCAGCUGCAGUAAAGCGGUAUUCUUCGGGUUUUCCGCUUCUUGACUUUGCUAUUGACAAGGAAAAAGUGUUGGAUGUGAUCGAUCGGGUUGAUGUGCCAAGAGAUUAUAAAGCAUUGUUAAAAGAAGGUAGCUUGAGCUUCUAAUGGAGAGUUGUGUGUUUUGUAGGGUCUCUGCCAAAGCACAGAACCGGCUUCUGAUUCAUACAUGUUUGGUUGUGUAUAUAAGAGCAUAAAAGAAAGGGUAUGGAAGAAGCUGUAAUGUGACGUAAUGUUGUUAGAUCAUUUGCAAUAUUUCAAUAUAGUGAUACAUUUUCAGGCAUGGGAUGUUAUACUGCUUGCGAUGGGUAAAUGAUGAUGAUGAAGAUCACCAUACCACUUGCACACCAUUCUAUGAAUCAA